AUGCCUUCCAGACUCCGCAAUGCGCUCCCCCGGAGCCUGUCGCGGCCGCUGGAUAGCGCCGGUGUGUUCUACUGUCCGUCCUGCGCCACCUGGCGACGGACACUCUCGACGCGUGCGAGCAGCACCACGACGGGCAUUGAUGGUAUCGAACAUGCGCGCCGGAAUCUUCGUCUCCUGGACCAUGCCCAAACAAUCGCGAUUCGACCAUUCACAACAUCUCCUGCUAUCAAUCCAUCGAAGACCGUCCCUCCGCGGUUCAAGGAGCUCUAUGAUGCUCUAAAUAGUGUGAAAGACGGGGCAAUUGAGCAAGUUAGCGUGAGUCGCUUGCAGCUUGCUCUGCGCGGGUUGGAGUCUGAACAACCGCUUGUGCGAGUUGCCGUCUUAGGAUUAGAUAACGCGGAUUCAGCGCGCAAACUGGUUCGACUGCUUCUCGCCGAUCCGUUGGGCCCACGCGAAAGCUGGGAAGAUAUCUUGGAGGGCUAUGAAUCCGAUCCAUCGCGCGGACUCCUGAUUCGCUAUGGCGAAAUCUCUGAGUCUAUUCCUAAUGAUCUCUUGCCGACUAUUGCGAUCCGAUCCCCCAUUUUGAAAAAGGGCAGCAUCGAGAUUCUGGUCAGCUCCCUUGGCUCGGAAGCUGGCAGCAACGGCGCUACGCUCUCCUCCGACACAUUCCUGGUGCCCAAUGUUACUAUUCAAACUUCGCACUCGGGCCGAAAAAACGUUGUGCGAUAUCCCGUGCACCGCAGUAUCGUGUGUGGGAGUGGUGUGGAUGGCCUUCUGGCCUUCAGCACCUUGAUGGGCCGGUCAGACCUGAAGAACGAGGUAGCCUCGGUACGAGGUGCGAUCGAACUCUCUGUCCAAGAUGACACAGGCAGCAGCGAUCGGCUAUCCUUCGUCGACAUCAAUCGUGCAGGUUUGGCCUUGGAUAAGAUUCGUGAAUCUGUACAAAAUGCUUCUGAAUAUGAACGUGGGUGGAAUGGCAGUGGCGUGCAGCCUGUUAUUGACUGGCUUGCAUCGUUAUCUCAGUCCACCAGUGAACAAGCACUCAACCCCGCUUUGGUUCCGCUGUUCGAUUCCUUACUCGACGCCGCUGAUCGCGGUCUAGCUGAACGGGAUGCCAAAGCAAUUCAAGACCAAACGACUGGCAUCGUUCCGGACGCAGUCCGCGCCCAGCUUGAGAGCGGGGUCACAUCCUGGGCUGAGCAGGCUCACUCAGAACUUCGUAGCUCCCUCGAAGCAGGUUUCGCCAGCCCGCGGUGGCGCGGCCUCGCAUGGUGGAAACUUUUCUGGCGGGUUGACGAUGUAAGCAUGAUUACUUCCGAAAUCCUGGAGAAGCGCUUCCUCCGUUGCGCCGAGCGGGAAGUCAUCUGGACAUCCGGCAAGUACCAGCAGGCUGGCCUGCUGGAUGAGCGUACUGCUUCUGUCGCGACAGCGUCCCCGUCAGACACUGCCCCUGCCAAGUCUACUCCACCACCUUGGCCAACCCAGAUCUCCGACAUGCGCACAAAGCUACUCACCACCACCGUGCCUUCUCUCCAAGCCCUCGCCCAGAGCCUGGUGCUCUUCAGUAUCUCUACUACCACCCUCACCUCCGCCCUAUCUGCUCUCACUUACGUGUCCAUCCCAUCCGCUUCAAUUUACGAAUCAUGUACUCUGGCCGCGGUUGGUCUCAUCUACUCCAUGCGUCGCCAACAAAAAAAAUGGGAUGCUGCCCGUGACUUCUGGGAAGAAGAGGUCCGUGAUGAGGGCCGCACGUCUUUGCGUGAAACAGAAGCUCUCCUGCGCAAGAUUGUGCGUGAUGGUGGCAGGGAUGCUGAAGAUGUGACCGACCACCGUGCACGCGACGCUAUCUCCCGCGCUCGCAAGGCUCUGGAGAAGGUCCGGUCUUAA